AGGCGCCGGUGGAGGCCGCGAACGGACCGCACUGGCGGCGAGCUCCUGACGACCCGGGCGCGGCGAGCAGACCAAUCAUGGAGGUUACAAGAGCUCUGUGGUGUUUUUUACUGGUUGCCGUUCUGGUGGCAUCGCUGGCGUCUGCUGACGAAGCAGCGCCAAGACGCCGGCGUCUUCGUCCCCGCAAGCGAGUGUCGCAGACUCAAGUUGUCGCUUUGGAUCAGGACGCUUCUACAGAGGGCACACCGGCUGAGCCGCCGGCGGCGGCCAGCGCGUCCCCAGCCAGCAGGCCUUCAAGAACAAGAAGUUCUGCCUCUGCCAGCGAACCUCAAUUGGUGGCCAAGCCGAGGCGCGUUGCAAAGCCCUCUCGGAGGCGAGGCACCGCCUCUUUCAGUGAGCCUUCGGCGGCGUCCAAGCCGAUACGCAUUGCCAGGCCGUCCAGGAGGAGGGGUACGGCCUCUGGCAAAGCGGCCGCCGCCGUGUCCCAGGCUCCCGUGACCGCCCAGCAGGAAGGCAUAGCCUCGGCGGCGGCAGCAGCUGCCCCCAAACCAGCGUCUAAGGUGGUGAUCCGCCCCACGUCGGGCGUCCCCAGCGGCCAGCGGCGUCGCCGGCGGAAGAAGGGCCGCUCCGGCGCCAGCUCGACGGCGCAGGUCGCCGUCCGCAAGGGGCCGCAGGUCGCCGCGGUCACGUUCUCGGCCCCGAAGCCCGUGCCCUCGGAGCCGGUCGGCAAGGCGGGACGGAAGAUUGUGUGCUACUAUACGAACUGGUCCCAGUAUAGACCAUCGGUGGGAAAAUACAUGCCGGAGAACAUUGACCCCUUCCUCUGCACGCACAUCGUGUUCGCCUUCUCUUCCAUGAAGAACAACCGCCUUUCCCCCUUCGAGCACAACGAUAUCUCCAAGGACGGCAAGGUCGGCCUCUACGAGCAGGUCACCAACCUCAAGAAGAUCAACCCCAAGCUGAAGGUCCUGCUGGCUAUCGGCGGCUGGUCAUUCGGCACCAAGAAGUUCAAGGACAUGAGUAGCAACCGCUACAACCGCCGGACGUUUGUGUACAGCGUCGCCCCGUACCUCCGAGAGAGGAACUUCGACGGCCUCGAUCUGGACUGGGAAUACCCUAAGGGUUCGAGUGACAAGACCAACUUUGCGGAACUCUGCAGAGAGCUCCGCGAGGCGUUUGAGGAGGAGGCCCGGGACACGGGUGCCGAGCGGCUGCUGCUGACCGCGGCCGUCCCGGUGGGCCCCGACAGCGUCCGCGGCGGCUACGACGUCGCCAAGCUGGCUAGGCACCUGGACCUGUUCCACAUCAUGGCGUACGACUUCCACGGCAAGUGGGAGUCGCAGGUGGGCCACAACGCGCCGCUGAACGCGCCCUCCAGUGACUCGACCUACCGCCGUCAGCUGUCUGUUAACGCCUCCAUACACAUGUGGAUGUCCAUGGGUGCGCCCAAGCACAAGAUCGUGGUCGGGAUGCCCACCUAUGGACGGAGUUUCACUUUAGCGAACCCGGGCAACAACAAGGUCAACGCUCCUGCCCGAGGCGGUGGAUCAGCCGGCCGUUACACCAAGGAGGAGGGUUUCCUCGCGUACUACGAGAUCUGUGAGAAGCUGCACGGCGGCGCCAACUACAUCUGGGACGACGAGAUGUCGGUGCCGUACAUGAUCGACGGCAACCAGUGGGUGGGCUUCGACGACGAGCGUGCCAUCCGCCUCAAGAUGAACUUCAUCCAGGACAUGGACCUGGCCGGCGCCAUGGUCUGGUCGGUGGACAUGGACGACUUCGCGGCGGCCGCCUGCGGGGGUGCCGUCUACCCGCUCAUGACAGCCAUGCGCGAGGAGCUGCUGGAGGUGCCCCGGAGUGACAACAAGGCCGACAUCGACUGGUCCAAGGUGGCGAAACGUCAGCUGCCAGCAGCCGACGCUCCGUCGCCCCUCAUCUCGCAGCUCAGCAUCGCCGACAUCAUCGCCAUCCUGAAAGCGCAAGGCAUCACCCCGGGACUGGACUCGGUCCAGAAGCUGCUCACGAAGGUGUCAGGCAGCCGGGGGACCGUGAAGACCGCCACUCCGACCACUGCAGUGGCCGAAGUCAUCGAUGACAACCUGGCGCCGCCCAAGGUGUUUUGCUACGUGACCAGCUGGGCGCGGGACCGUGAGGGGCGCGGCCGGUUCUCGCCGGCCGACCUCGACCCCAAGCUCUGCACGCACGUGGUCUGGGCGUUUGGUGGGAUCCAGCAGGGCCGGAUCGAGCUGCCUUCCCAGGACCAGGACCGGCGGGACGACGACAGCGACUACCAGCAGCUGCUGCGCCUGCGCGACGCCAACCCCAACCUCAAGCUGCUGCUGGGCCUGGGCGGCUAUGCCGUGGAUCCAGCCACGUUCCAGGACCUCACCGCCAGCAGCUACCGUAUGAACACGUUCGUGUACGACGCCGUCGACGCCAUCCGCAAGGUGAAGCUGGACGGCGUGGACAUCCAUUGGGAGUACCCCAGUGGACACCAGGACCGGAGGGCGUACAGCAGCCUGCUGCAGGAGUUCAGGCUGGCUUUUGAUAGUGAGGCGUCGGCCACUAGGAAGCCGCGUCUUCUGCUGACCGCUGCGCUGCCAGCCAAUCCAGAUGCAAUCCAGGCCGGGUACGACAUUCCGGAGAUCUCGAAGUACCUGGACUUCCUGAACCUGAUGGCGUUUGAUUUCCACGGCGCCUGGGACGACGUGGUCGGUCACAAUGCCCCUCUGUACCCGAUGGAGAGCGCCUCCCGCGCCGAGAAGAAGCUCAGUGUGGACGGCGCUGCUCGGGAGCUGGUGAGGGAGGGCGCGCCUCCGGAGAAGAUACUGAUCGGCCUGGCCACCUACGGCCGCACCUACACCCUCCAGGACCCGGCCCUGUACGACAUCGGAGCACCGGUCGUUGACGCCGGCAAACAAGGCCGCUUCACCCAGGAGCCGGGCUUCGUCAGCCACUUCGAGGUGUGCGACUUCCUGGACAGCGAGAACACCACCCUGGUCUGGGACCACGAGCAGGAGGUGCCGUUCGCCUUCAGGGGAGACCAGUGGGUCGGCUUCGACGAUGAGCGCUCGCUGAUGCUGAAGGUGGACUGGCUGCGCGAGCUCGGCUUCGGCGGCGUGAUGCUGUGGGCGGCCGACCUGGACGAUUUCAGCGGCGCGUGCGGCAAUGGCCGGUACCCGCUCAUCGCUGCUGUCCAGGAGGCCCUCGACGGGUACCGGGUGCCGUACACCUACGACGGGGCGAGCGGUGCCGCUGCUGCCGCCGGCACUUCAGGGGCAGCUGCCGAUCCCAACGAGGUGGUGUGCGACAACGACGUCGGCGAGGUGACGUUCCACAGGGACGCCCUGGACUGCAAGCACUACUACCUGUGCCAGGGUAUCGUCCGUCACCACAUGCCCUGCCCCAGCGACCUGGUCUUCAACGAGGCAGAGUCGGUCUGCGACUGGCCGGAGAACGUGGAGGCCUGCUGGGCAUUCACCACUGCACCGCCGGCCAUCUGAGCUUGUGGUGCUGCCGCCUGUGCGAUGAGUGAUGCAAGUGCUGCCAUCUGUGGGCUUCCGGAGAAACUAACAGGCACCGAGCUGGUGCCAUGAGCCCGACGUGAGCGCUUCUCGGAAGAGGGGAGCGACACAUGCUGGGCCUGCCAUCUGUGCUUGACUUGAGCUAGUGGUCGUUGCUUCUACUGCCGGUAGGUUAUUGCAGCCAAAAGCAUGCGUGGUUCCCCUAAACGGCCCGUGGGAUACCCGCCAGUCGUUCGCGAGGGAUAGCCAUGAUAGCAAGUUUCCUGGCUUUCGCGUAUGUGCUACUGCCUCACAGUACUCGGCUCAUGACUAAAUUUAUGAGCGCAAAAUGUUCUCGGCUGUCGGUGUGCCCUUAAGCCCCAAUCAUUAUCGUGCAAAGACCAAAUUCAUAUGUUAUGUCUGUCUCUACAGUUACUUCGCUGACUCAUAAUCACCGUCUCAAUGUUUUUAUUCCAACAAAUGAGCAGUCAGUGCACUCGAAGACCUUGUAUGUAAUACACAUACGUGCAUCA